AUGGCAGGAGAAAAUCUGAUAACCCACUCCAUUUUUUCACUGAUCUCAUUUGUGCGAGAUUGUCUUGCCGAUAUUCGCGAGCGGGUGCCGAAAAAACGCCUUGCUGAGCUAGAGGCGGCUAUCGCUAAGGAAGAAAAGGAGAUGAGACUCGAGUCAAAACGUAUCAGGUCUGCGCUAGCACAUAGAAGGUCUCUUCUGCAGAUGGCUUGCUCUUUGGAUUCUGCGGAGAUUACUGUAUCGGGGAGCGAAAACUGCCACAGUACCAGCUGUGCUUCUCUCCUUCCUUCCUGUCCACUUGCAUGUCACACAGGCGUGCAGCGCCUAAUCUUUCCCCAACCUCGCACCGCCUCUUCGCCAUCUCGUCCGCUGGCAUCCGUGCCCGAAGAACUGACUACAGCCGUAUCGCGCCGUAAAACGCGUCCCACAGUACCGCCUCCGCUGCGUAUCCUGCGUGGUCAGUGUGUUGAUGGACCACAUCAAUCCUCUCUUCCUACGACAUCGAGUCCACGAUUUGCCUAUCGGGCCAAAUUCUUCGCCUUCAAUGAGGACACUGGAGACGAACUUCAGCUGCGCGAGUGGGUAUUUAAGGCUCAUUCGCCAAUGUCGCAGCUUUAUAGCUUGCGAUUUCUACUGAUCUCGCGGUUCAAGCACCUCAUACGCACCUCUCUCCCACCCUUCCUUUUGCCUUUGCGUGGAUUCUCCUUCGACGUGGAACAGGAGGUCUCAGAGCCCUGGUGCGUAGUCCGGGUGGUGAGCGACCGGCCUCGUGGACUUCCCAUUUCCACCCUCAUUCAGCCACCGCAGCCUGUGGGAGUGCCAUGCACAGAGGCGACGAUUUCUAGGGCCUCCGCUGAAGAUAUGGCGCGGAUCCGCGUCAUUGCGGCAAGCGUACUUGAGGCUCUUUGCUGGCUCCGCUCGCACACCAUGAACCACCGUGACUUACAGCCUGAGAAGAUUUUUAUGGACGGAAAAGGUAACGUACAAAUCGCCGAGUACGAGUUCGACAAUCGCUUGGACUCCUAUUUAGAGGGUCUUCGCGGAGGUGAUAGGUCGUGCUCAAUUACAGUUCCCCCGCCUCCAAGUAGAAUCAAGAAAGUUCAUAGGAAAGACGUCUAUAAUCUGGGGUUAAUCCUGGUCUACUUGGCGACAAAGACGCCACCAGAUAAAGUGGAUGCUCAUGGGAAUCCUGUUUUUACACCCGCUCUGUAUGCCGUCUUGCCUUAUGCUCCAGCUUUCAAGGAUUUCAUUCAGCGCUGUCUUUGUAACACAGCCUCCUCUUCGGCCUCGGAAUUACGCGACCAUCCUUUCAUAAAGGAGCCAAUUAACUACGCACCACUUUCCACUGCCCCAUCCGACCCACAGACUGGUCGCAGUCUGGUUAACAACUUUGACGACAAUGUUUUCUGUCAGUCACAAAAAGGCGAGCGUUCACGCCUUUACUCAGACUUUGAGGACUUUUCCGUCAUCGGACAAGGCGCAUUCGGCUGCGUUGUUCGAGCAAGAAACAUAAUCGAGAAUCGCGAAUAUGCCAUCAAGUGCGUUCGCAUUCCACGCUCACAGGCGGAUAUUGUUCUGCGAGAGGUGCGGACCCUAGCGGGUCUACAGCAUGAUAAUAUUGUGCGUUACUACACCUCAUGGAAGGAUGUUUUCUCAGAAUCUUUGCCACACACUCGAAUGCAAUGGGCUCGCAAUGCUAUUAAGCCCUCAGGUGACUGUAGCAUAUCUACUGUUCAAGAAAGCAAAGGAAUGGAAGAGGACACGGAGGAGGAAGUUCCAUUCGACAUCAACAACUUGGAUUUGUCUCAGGUAGAGCAAGACCUCCGAAAGCGGACAGCACGUGCCACUCGCAAGUCAAGACUCCCUGGUUCACCAGGUGAGGAACCGGUAUGGGGUUUUAGCUACUCCAACUCCUCAGACAAUGACGAUUCUUCAACAGACACUAUAACGACAUUGGACCCUCCCUUUGAGCGCAGCGAAGAUAAUUCAUAUAGUGAAGAAGAUGAUGAGGAAGAGGAGGAGGACGAAGAGGAAGUAACGAAAGAGAACGCAGGAAUUUCAUACAUUAUCAUUCAAAUGGAGCUCUGCGCCUGCAAAAACUUGCGUACAGUAUUGGAUGAAGAGGUGAAUCUCAACCAGGAUCGUGCCUGGAGCUACUUCCGGGAGAUGACGGACGCAUUAGCCUACAUUCAUUCGAAGGGGGUCAUCCAUCGGGACUUGAAACCAGCCAAUAUCCUCCUGGAUGCGGAAGAUCAUGUGAAGAUUGGAGAUUUUGGGCUUGCCAUUCGAAUGUCCAAGCUCGCUGACUCUGCGCGGAAGGAGUACUCGGCGUUCAUGGUAGGACGGUUUCUUCAACUCACUUCCGCCGCCGCCGACGCCGACGCCACUACUACGACCACCACCACCACCAGGGGUGAGUGGCGUUCGAAGGAGCAGAGGAGUGCAUUGUCCACAAUUUUGUGGCUUGAGGCAUUGGAUUCGACAGACACACCGUACAGAAGUGUUUCUGCUCCUAACAGCCUCGUUGAUGGGGAAAGGGACGGGAGAACUGAGUGGCACGUCACAAAUCGUGAGACAAUCAAGUCUUCCUGUCCCACUUUCCUCAUGUGGUCUCGCCUACGAGCACGACCUUUUGCUGGUCGAGGUGGGAUGGAAGGACGGUCUCACUGUUGUGCCCAAGUGUUGGCUACGCGAAUGAACCUGCCACCACCUUCCAAGACAUCACUAGAAAGCAGCGUGGAGAUGUCGGGAGAUGGUGGCUCUCUUACAAAAGGGCCAUAUGGACCAGUGGAAAGUAAUCCUUCCUCCUCCAACGCACACGCACUGACCCCUGCCAGGGCUAAUUUCAUGACGGAGAAUGUGGGCACAAUAUUCUACAUGAGUCCAGAGAUCGCCUCGAAACGGAAAAAGCGACUAGUCUAUGAUGAGAAAGUGGACAUAUACAGCCUGGGUAUUAUUCUCUUCGAAAUGUUCUACCGUCGCACUAACACCCUCAUGGAGCGUGUCAACGUGCUCAGUGAUAUCCGCAAGCCAAAUAUUAUCUUUCCCGAGGACUGGGAUGUACAGACCAAACCCAAGCAGACUGCUCUCGUUAGAGCUCUCCUUCACCAUGAUCCCGCCCGCCGACCGACGGCUUCUGAUAUCCUUGCGUCCCCACUCAUCCCUCCACUGGAGUCCACAGAGUCGGCAUUUCGGAAACAAGUCCUCGAUAUAUUUCGGGAUCCAGGCAAUAAGCUCUACUGUUUCAUUGCAAACAAUCUUCUCACUAUGUCCUGCUCUCGGACUGCUGACUUUCUCUACGACCGCUCCAAGUCACUCAUCACCAAUUUCUCCUCCCUUCAACUACCUUGCCUUUUUGACCCCUCAGGAUCGGAUGACCCAGAUCCACUGCGUGACUUUUCGCGCUAUCAACUUUUUGAACGGUAUAUUGUCCACCACCUCGAAGCCAUUUUUGCUGCCCAUUGCGCUUUGCCUAUCCAACCACCUACGCUGAUCCCGGUGAACAAAAGAUCUGUUGCAUGCUGGUUGCAUCGUCCCGAUGCCACCACACUCGCUGCCACUUCAGCAGACUGUCUUCAGGCCCCUUUAGACAUUGGACGUAGUGAAGCGGAAAGCAGUGGUGGGAGGAGUGGAUCAGAGGCGGAACAGCUGGAAGAUGCGCGCACUACUAUGGGCGGACCGGUGCUUCUCGAUGCCCAGGGUGUGCCUGUCUCCCUACCCGAUGCACUUCAUGUUGGUCUGGCGCGGUUCCUAGCCAAUACAGGGAUUAAUCCACCUUCAUUAAGGGAACUCAGAACUUACCAGAUUGGACGAAUCUACCGACCAUGGCCACACGCCAAUCCCUUUAGAGCUUUGGAUCAUCCUUUGGAGAUGAAACGAGCCUCUUUCGAUAUAGUUGCGGCAAACUAUGAGCCUCAUCUGUUGGUGGAGAUAUUUCACAUCUUAAGUGAAAUCAUUUCUCUGAUCCCACUCGAAGAUGUGACUUACGUUCUCUAUCUCAACCAUACCGACCUGCUGGAGUACAUUUUCAAGGUCCUCUCUGUGCCAUCAGAUCUGCGUGUGGGUCUGUGGCGUCACCUUUCUGAGGCUUGUGAGACUCCUGAAGCCGUGCUUCAACAGAAACAGGAGUCGUCUGGUCUGCCAUUCCGUCGGCAUAUCGUCUUUCCUGACUAUCUUCUCACCACCCUAUACCAACAAAAUGAACAACACCUCCAUCAGUCCAAAAAUCAUCACCAACACGGCUUCUUACAGCGUCAUUUGGCUCGACUAAUGCGUCUUGAGACAACACGAGUGGAGGAGUUGGCUGAGGUUCUUUUGGAAACGCCCUCGCAUCGACACUGUAUGUCUCGUGCCACGAAGGAGGCUCACAUCCGCCUACCAUGUCGGCGUCUCGCGAAACUUCUCAACUAUAUCCGCCUUUGGAAAGCGAUUCCUUCACUCCACGUUGUUCUAGCCCCAGCUCUGGUCUUGCCCUGCCACCUUUAUCAAGGGCUCGUGUACCAGUUGGUCUGCUACUCGUCCAAAGCCGGUGAUUUUAGGAGUCUGGUGAACGAGGAGAAACCCACCAUUAGUUCGGUUCCGGGAGCUUCACAGGCCAACUCACGCACCCGACUCCUAGUUCUUGCCUCUGGGGGGGAGUACCAGCACCUUUUACAGCAAUUUCGACCACCGCAAGCAUUCCUACGCAUUCAGGCAAAAGUUUUGAAGUCGAGACAGAUUGAUGGCGAUGCAGACACUGACUGCGAGGACGAAAAUGACGAUGGAGAAGACGAAGAAGAAAAAAAAGGGAACCAGAAGGUGGUGUCUACGGCAACGCCUUGGGAAUCCACUGCUUCCUCUCAUCUCAAUCCCCCCAUUUCAUCUGCUCUCUCCGCUAUCACCAAUUCAACUACUCCUUCGGGUGUCUUUGGGGUCACUGUAUCGGUGAAUCAGCUGGUCAGACUUCUGCUCUAUGCCGUGCGCAAACAUUCUGUCAGCCCGCCAUCCGAUCUUUCCGAAUCUGAAUCGGACACAUUACUGUAA